GGGUAUGAAAACAGAUGAAGGCACAUAGCAGACGAGCGCGGAUUUUAAUACAAACACAAUAAGUACAAGAAGGUGUUACUGUGCUCACUAAAGUUUUACAUAAUUGCGGCAUUACACAUAUCAUGUCGCAAGACGAGGAGAUUCUGGUAUCCCCGACUAAAGAGAAAAGCAAGAGCAUUCAAGCUAUCGAUCGAGAAGCAGUGCACCGAAUCUGUUCUGGACAAGUAGUUUUAAAUCUAGCAACUGCCGUUAAAGAGCUUGUUGAAAACAGUUUGGAUGCAGGUGCCACUUCCAUUGAAAUUCGCUUGCGAGAAUAUGGAAGUGAACUUGUUGAAGUUGUUGACAAUGGUUGUGGAGUCGAGGAAGCCAACUUUGAAGGCUUAACCCUGAAACACCACACCUCCAAGCUUAGGGAGUUUACUGAUCUACUUGGAGUGGAAACAUUUGGCUUUAGAGGGGAGGCAUUGAGUUCUCUCUGUGCUCUAAGUGAUUUGACUGUCACAACUAGGCAUUCAUCCAGUAAUAUGGGUACAAAGUUAAUUUAUGAUUCAAGAGGACACAUUAUCAGAAAAAGUCCAUGUGCUCGUCAGGUCUGCACAAUAAUACCUUUAA